GUCCGUCUCCUCUGGUAGGUUCCACAAUGGUACAGGCAGCAUCACGCUGCACAAUGGUUUCCAGGCAGUGAAAGAGGGUGAUUCAGCAAGCCACUCUUCUUCUUCUUUAAAAAAAAAAUCCUCCCCUUCUUUUUUUAUUUUUAUGGGGGUGGGUGGUGCUUGUUAUAUGCUUACCUUUUUCUUUUCUUUUUUCAUUUUUAUAAUUUUCCUUUUUUCUCCUCACCCCUCAAUUCUUCGGGGCUUGAGUGACUUUAAGAUUGGGUUUUCUUGGAAAUCACCUGUCUAUCAUUAAUUUUAAACCAUUUCCCCACCUCCAAAGAAUCUAUUCCUUAUUACAAUUUGGAAUGUGGUUAAUGAAAAACAAGUAGGGAGGAUUUCUGGGGCAAACACUGCUGGAUCAGGAUCGUAGUUCUCAAGCACGGAAUGGCUAGCGUGAGGAACACCAACAGCAGGACCAUCUCAGAUCUUCGUUAUGGCAACUCAUGCAAGAAGCUGUUGAAUUAGAACAAUUUCCUAUAGAUGAGAAACCAUACAAGCCGUGGACAGAAUGUUUAACUGCUGGUGCCACAUAGAGCAGCAUGAAGUCCCGCGGUGCAUGGGUGCGUUGUAAAACACCACAGUGCUACCACACUCCAUGAUACCAGUCCGGUAUUUAUGAGCCUCCAUUUAUUGUACUACUGCAGUGAACCAACCUUGGAUGUGAAAAUUGCCUUUUGUCAGGGAUUCGAUAAACAAGUGGAUGUGUCAUAUAUUGCCAAACAUUACAACAUGAGCAAAAGCAAAGUUGAUAACCAGUUCUACAGUGUGGAAGUGGGAGACUCAACCUUCACAGUUCUCAAGCGCUACCAGAAUUUGAAGCCUAUUGGCUCUGGGGCUCAGGGAAUAGUUUGUGCUGCGUAUGAUGCUGUUCUUGACAGAAAUGUGGCCAUUAAGAAGCUCAGCAGACCCUUUCAGAACCAAACGCAUGCCAAGAGAGCUUACCGGGAGCUGGUCCUCAUGAAGUGUGUGAACCAUAAGAACAUUAUUAGUUUAUUAAAUGUCUUCACACCCCAGAAAACAUUGGAGGAGUUCCAAGAUGUUUACUUAGUAAUGGAACUGAUGGAUGCCAACUUGUGUCAGGUGAUUCAGAUGGAAUUAGACCAUGAGCGAAUGUCUUACCUGCUAUACCAAAUGUUGUGUGGCAUCAAGCACCUUCAUUCUGCUGGAAUUAUUCACAGGGAUUUAAAACCAAGUAACAUUGUAGUCAAGUCUGAUUGUACAUUGAAAAUCCUUGACUUUGGACUGGCCAGGACGGCAGGCACGAGCUUCAUGAUGACUCCUUAUGUGGUCACACGUUAUUAUAGAGCCCCCGAGGUUAUUCUGGGAAUGGGCUACAAGGAGAAUGUGGAUAUAUGGUCUGUGGGAUGCAUUAUGGGAGAAAUGGUUCGCCACAAAAUCCUCUUUCCAGGAAGGGACUAUAUUGACCAGUGGAACAAGGUAAUUGAGCAACUAGGAACACCAUGUCCGGAAUUCAUGAAGAAAUUGCAACCUACAGUAAGAAACUAUGUGGAGAAUCGGCCCAAGUAUGCAGGACUCACCUUCCCCAAGCUCUUUCCAGAUUCCCUCUUCCCAGCGGACUCUGAGCACAAUAAACUCAAAGCCAGCCAAGCCAGGGACUUACUGUCGAAGAUGCUAGUGAUCGACCCAGCAAAAAGAAUAUCGGUGGAUGACGCCUUACAGCAUCCUUACAUCAAUGUUUGGUAUGACCCUGCCGAAGUGGAGGCGCCUCCACCUCAGAUUUAUGACAAACAAUUGGAUGAAAGAGAGCACACCAUUGAAGAAUGGAAAGAACUUAUCUACAAAGAAGUAAUGAAUUCAGAAGAAAAGACUAAAAACGGUGUUGUAAAAGGACAACCGUCUCCUUCAGGUGCAGCAGUGAACAGCAGUGAGAGUCUCCCUCCAUCUUCGUCCGUCAAUGACAUCUCCUCCAUGUCCACCGACCAGACCCUGGCAUCUGACACUGACAGCAGCCUGGAAGCUUCAGCAGGACCCCUGGGUUGUUGCAGGUGACUAGCCGCCUGCCUGCGAAACCCAGCGUUCUUCAGGAGAUGAUGUGAUGGAACACACACACACACACACACACACACACAGACACGCACGCACACCCGCAAACGCAGACACACAACUCUAAGAAAAUGGCAAGGGAGAGAAUCCAAGCCUAAAAUUGAAACCAAUCUUUCAGCCUGCUUCUUCUCCGGAGUUCUGUAUUGCAGCUAAGCUAAAUGUCUAUUUAACUUCUAGUUGCUCUUGCUUUGGUCUUCCUCCAAUGAUGCUUACUACAGAAAGCAACUCAAACACAAUUAGAAAAGCCUUUUCCAUAAAGUGUAAUUUUAAUGGCUGCAAAACCAGCAACCUGUAACUGCCCUUUCAAAUGGCAUGACAAGGUGUGCAGUGGCCCCAUCCAGCAUGUGUGUGUCUCUAUCUUGCAUCUACCUGCUCCUUUUGGCCUAGUCAGAUGGAUGUAGAUCCAGAUCCGCAUGUGUCUGUAUUCACACAGCACUACUUACUUAGAGACGCUACUGUCAGUGUCCUCAGGGCGCUCCCAAGAUGUCAUGCACUGGGGUACCACAUGGUCCAUUUCAUGUGAUCUAUUACUCUGCCAUAAACCCAUCUGUAAUAUAUUGCCAGUAUAUAAGCUAUUUAGUUUGUUAAUUGAUUAAGCUGUAUGUCUUAUAAGAAAAAUGUAAAGGGGGAAACUAUGGGGGGAGUGAGCUCUCUUGGACUCUUGAAGAUGUAGCUUCCAAAUUUGAACUGAUUAAAUGGCACCUGUAUACCAA